AAUGACCACUGUGUUGCAAGAAAAUUAGGGGAGGAGUUUGCAAGAGCAACCCUCAGAAAGGUGGGAGUUGAAUACAAGUAUAUGCAAUUUGGAGUAGAGAAAACAGCAAGUCUUUUCAGAGGUCAUCUUUAAUUUCUAAAGCUUGGAAAUGACAAUGCUGAGCCUCACCACAGGGUUUCUGCUGUGGAUGUGUUGUGCUAUACAUAAAGCUUCUGCAGGAGCAGCGUGUGAAGACCCACCUCUCGUUGAGUUUGGCAAAAUUGUUAGUGGCGUUAAAUCAGGAUAUGAGGAAAAUGACAGAGUGCAAUACACAUGCAACCCUGGAUAUGCUUUAUCAGGAUCAGAAUGGGUAACAUGCCAUGGAAAAGUCUGGAUGCCUGGGCCACCUCAGUGUUUGGAAAUACCAUGUGGAAGGAUUCCAGCAGUUGCCAAUGCUGUAUUUGAAGGCAGGAAUAAGGAAAAGUAUGAGGCUGGUGAAACAAUUCGCUACCAGUGUCACGAAGGAUUUCAGGUCACUGGUCCCCCUGAAAUAUUUUGCAGAAGGGGAAAUUGGUCAACACCACCGUUCUGUGAAGAUGUCAGAUGUGAAAACCCACCUGAAAUUCUCAAUGGUCAUAUUACCAGUACUCAAAAGGAGAAAUAUCUGCCUGGUGCCAAAGUGCAUUAUGAAUGUGAAAUUAAUUCUCAAAUAAUGGGUGUAAAUUAUGUCAUUUGUUCAGAUGGACACUGGACACAAGUGCCAAGUUGCAGAGAUGUGACGUGUGAACCUCCUCCAGAAAUUGCUGGUGGAAAAGUUCAAGGUAUUAAAAAGCCAAGGUAUUUGCCUGGGGAGACAGCUCACUAUCAGUGCUGGCAAGAUUUUCAGAUGACGGGGGCUUCCACCGUAACAUGUCAGAAUGGGACCUGGACAGAGCUGCCCCAGUGCAAAGUUAAUGUUCUUCCAGGGGAAGGUGGAAAAUGUGGCCCACCUCCAGAUAUUGAAAAUGGAGACAUCCUUUCCUUCCCAUUGCCAGAAUAUGACCAAGGUCAAUCUGUGAAAUACAAAUGUGCAAGUUUCUACAUCCUGGAAGGACCUGAGCAAAUCACUUGUACUGACGGGCAGUGGACAAAUCCCCCGAUUUGCUUGGCGGCUUGUACGGCCUCUGAAGAAGAUAUGGACAGAAACAACAUUGAGCUGAGAUGGAGAGGAGAAAGAAAGCUGUACUCGACAUCAGGCGAUUUCAUUGAAUUUGAUUGUAAAGUAGGCUAUGUGCAGGACCCAGCAUCUUCCCCAUUCAGAGUGCAGUGUAUGGACGGGACAUUAGAAUACCCACGGUGCAAGCGAGGAAGGAACUGUAUAUUGAGUGAGGCAGAAAUGAAGAGGAACAAUAUUAAACUAAGAUGGUCAAGGAAAAGAUCUAACACAUAUCGGUCUAAGGAGACUAUUUUGUUUACAUGCCUUUUUUCCUACCAGGAAGUCUCAAACCCAGACGAUUUUGAGGCUCAGUGCAAGGAUGGAGUGAUUAACUACCCCCGAUGUGAAUGGUAUUUUGGAUAAAUGGAAAGGGCAUGAAGGAGCCCAGCUGGAGAAAUGAAAGAUCCUUUGACCAGCCCAGUGAUUUGAGCUCAAUUUUCCCAGGAGUUUCCUGUUUCAUUGUGCUUUCUUUGCAGUUUAGCCAAUGUUCUGUGUUGGAAUUUACCUUUACUUCUUUUUUUUUUUUUUUUUUUUUUUUUCCUUUGAAUAGUUGGAUGAUGGUUUUUACACUUAACCAGUUUUGUAAAGGUAUUUACAUUUUAUCCAUUCAAAUGACUGUACUUCCUUCUUACUUGUUCUGUAUUGAUGUCACUGUUAUUUAAUUAACAUUUACAUCCUGAAGUAGGCUGGCUUUGGUGGCAUAGUGAGACAUGAAUUAAAGCGUGCAGCUGAUUUGCUCAUCA